AUGCUAGCAGAUACCGGAUCGUCUGUGUCAGGCAGCACCAUCUCUCUACUCCACUAUGACCUCGUUGGGCGUCUCUUCCGGGCAGACCUUUUCUCAAUCGCCGUGGACGUUGCCAACGCUAUGGCUCACCUGACGUCUCUUCGAGUAUGUAGACUGGCCUUACAAUAAUCCCCUUUGUCUUCCAGCAAAUGAAUAGGACUCAGACAUACCCGCCAUGCCAGACAGUCCUGUGGUGACUAUUGGGUUGCCCUUUAAGUUGGUGCGCUUUUCAAUCAUUCAUACCAUUCACAGAAUUAAUGAGUUAUGUAUUCCGCUUCGUUCGCAACACUUUCCCAACGUUCAGGCAGUUUUCCAAUCGUGCGCCUGGAAAAAUCCGCGGGAUUUGCGCAAUUAAGUCAUCGAUCAAGUUUUGGGGAUCCGUGUCGUUAUUGGAGGAUACUUCGGUCAAAUUGUUUGGCUUAACCGAAGAAGAUAAUAACCCGAUAGAGCAGAGUCCGGAGAAUAUGACGGAUGCGAAAGGACCUCCCAACCAAGAUCUUCAAUGACACAUUUUAGUUUAAUUUGCGACAUGAAGCCCAGCGUUUUCAUGCUGCAAAAUGGCACCAUUUUGACGAUUCUGGCGAUUUAAGUUAGAAAUGUUAAAUGAAUUUGGCAAACGCUUGGGUAGAGGGACGAAAUGACACAUAUAACAUGGACACAUCAAACAAGUUACAACAUGACUAAAUUCUGAAUAUAGUGAGAUAACAAAGGUACUAAAGGCCCAGACACGCGUGUUUCGCUGAUAUUGGCACAGUUACGAGGGGUUCGGCUCAACAAUGGGUCCUCCCCCAGUGCCGGUGUACCUUUUGGCAGAUAGUCCUGUUUCAUUUUUAAUUUCCACAGAAAUUAAUCCCUAACUUGUAGUAAAUUAGUCCAACGCUUCUUAUCACUGAGCUAUGGGCUCGCUGUCCUGUCGGUUGCGAUGGGGAAUAUACAGUGAUAGAGGGGCGCUUACUGACCGUGCUACGAACCCCCCUGGUCCCCUUGUCUCUCCCUCUCUCUCUCUCUCUCUCUCUCUCUCCCUCUCCCUCUCUCUCCCUCUCCCUCUCUCUCCCUCUCUCUCUCUAGGAAUUCGCGCGGAGGGAGUGGACAGUAAAAUAAAACUGCGUAAAAAUUGGGUGUUUCGUUACUAUGAACCUCUCCCAUUGAUUUUCGAUGCCCUUAUGAAUCAAAGUCUAUUUUAAAGCAAACGCGUGCAAAAAUAUCCCGUAUUUUGCUUAUUUGGCAGCAAAUCACGUCUUCAAAUUUUGUUCUUAACGAAACUAUCUCCUGAUUUUAAAGUACGUUCCUAAUUAUGAGACCUCAAGAUCAUGAAAAGUCCAUACAUAAAACAUCGUAUCUCUGCGUUGGUUAAUGUUGUUCGUAAAGCAUGCAUUAUGGUUUAAAUCCACUGUAAAACUUGGUGAACCACAUGUGGUAUCUUAAUGUUGUGUGGAAGUUCAUGAUUUUUCCUGUGCGGAAAAUGUACAGCCUAUAGUUUGGGGAUCCUGAAUGCAAGUGUGAUGGCGGGUCGGGUUCAAGGUUACUCGGGAAUUGAGAGUUUUAGAAAGUCGAAUUAUACUCCUGCUUCGAGUAUGAAAUUUAAAGAAGCCGUAAUGUGCUACCAAAUAAGUAAACGAACGAAUGUUUUCUUACAUGUUUUUUUUGUAGCAUAUAUUUGCAUUUAUAAGGGCAUUGAAAAUAAUUGAGAAAAAUUCAUACUAAAAAGUCGUUUUUGUAAAAUCUAGUUUUUUUUUCAGACGGCCGUGAAGCAAGCUUGUUCGAAAGCCGACAUCCUGAUUUGACUUAAAUAUCUUAGUAUUCAGCUGUGCGGUCCUUGAUUUUGCAAUUCUUUUAAAUUAUCUUUUCGAGUUUAAAACACAUAUCAGAAUUUCGGUUAACGUUUUAUGAGAUAGCAUAUCUACUGCGUGUUGGAAUUCUACCAGAACGCACAGAUCUAAUAUCCCUGCAUUAAUUGCCAAGCUCCCCAAAUCACUGAGUGUUUUAUUGACUCAGAUGUCGACUGUAGGCAGGCUCGAUAGCCAGUCGCCGGAAGACGUUGUUUGGUUUUUUUUCUGUUGCUGUUGACGUCGAUCAGGCACUCACUUCUCUCAACGCUAUUGGCCCUCGACAAGUAUACUCUACACGAACGGAAGCCCUUCAGUCAUGUAGAAAUUCGCUUAUUCUCUGGCUCUCUGAACACGUUCGGCGGCUUGAUAGAGGGAUGAUCUGUAAGUCUCUAGGUUCGAAGGUGAACCUCUCCCCUUCCGGGGACACAGCUGCCAUGACUGUGCUGAACGGUAGCAGGUGAGAUCUGAUUGGGUGGCUAUGACUUUUGCCCUUUAUGUAGGUAGUCGAAUUGCCGUGUUGGCCACCGGACGGGUAUUACUGCACCGUCGUCCGAGACCGCCUAUCUUUCAACAAGUUUUUCUCCGAGUGCCGUCACACUAUCCACGACCGGUGGACGUGCCAAUCGACUUCCAGCUGUUCAUCCUCAGUGUUUAUUUCACCUGGCGCAUAUUCGGUAAAAUCCAUGCCUUCCAGAAAUUGUUUCUCACAACUCCACGCUCUAAGUAUUUUGCCUUCCGACACAACGGCUUUGAGUACAAGGGCGGAAUGAACAAGAACGUUUUUACUGUAUGCUGUCAGAAUAGCAUUGUCGACAAAAAACAAAGGAGACUGGGAUGGCCAUUUCUGGCCAAACGUGACUGGCAGGACGAGCAAUGAACUUCUAAGGAGCAGGUCAAGGGAACAAGCCUUUGGGGGGUUGCACAACUCAGAGUUGGGUACGGCUGGCUGACGACGGCUAAUUAGCUAGAAAUAGCCUGAUUAGUCUCCCUUGCCUAUUCUGCCUAUAUUACGCGCCGUUGCGUGGCAGCUACGGAGUUCAAGAGGGAGAGAGAGCCCUAAGGUACAACGGAACGUGUGACUCCCGUAACGCAAUCGAUGAGCGCCCGUCUACUGCUGUGUGGUGUAAAUUUUAUCCUGGCCGGUCUUUUGAGGAUGCCUCUUCGUGAGUCCCUGCUUGCACCCAUAUACCACGACGGAUGUGACCAGUUUCUUGCAACUAAGCCCUUGAUUUUUACUAGAUUCCGCAGUUUUUGUUGCUUUUUUGCAAUUCGCGUCACAGACGUUGGGAACCAGAGUUUCGGUGAGACAGACCUGUCUGGUUGACGCCCCUUUUUGUUCACCUGUGCAGAUAUCCCACGGUGAUCUGGCCGCUAGGAAUGUCAUUCUCGCCGGCGAUUUCACCGCGAAGCUCUGUGACUUUGGUCUAGCCCGGUCUUAUGACGACUCACCGAAAAAGGUACGUAUACCAUGUUGUUUGUCCACGCAAUUCGUUCGAUGACCCUUGCUGACGCACGCACCUCCGUUCACUGUCUUUUACAGACAACCUUUCGAUCUAAACACGCGUGGGUAGUGGUAGGUUGUAGGACCCUAAGAGGACUAUCCUACACAGACUUUCUACUUUACUUGUUUCGGUACGCGGUCGUUUUUUGGACGCUCCAUGUAAGGAGACCAGUGCAGACACUUCUCCGCACUCAGCCCACACUUCACUUGACCCUAGUUCACAUAGUCGAGACGCGAUAGUAACACUUCGCAGAUCCUCCGCAGAACCUUGAUCUGCGAAUGUCUCUGAUGAUGGAUUCGAGUGAGGAUCCGAAACGUCAGGCAAAUAUAUUUCUUGUUCCGGUGAUGGCAUCAUCAUCUUCUGAGUAACACUUCGGUUCCCUACUGGUAUCAGGGUCAAUGCGGAUACUACCUUGCACUGCACAUUUACUUUACUUAAACUUAGGUCAGAUAGUCGAGAAGCGGUUAAACCAUCCUGGCUCCUUCCAUGUACCGGGGCGAGCGCAGGCGCUUCUCUGCACUCAGCCCACACAUCGCACGAUAGAUAUUUACUGUUGACACUGCAGUCUUCGUCUAUUUGUGUAAUUUUCAACAUGUGCAUAUAUGGCUGACCGGUUAUCCCUACGCAGCCUAUGGCUUCUUAAAUUUUCCUUUUAGACAUUUUUCUACACUUUUCAUUAGAUAUCUUUAGUAGCGUACAACGGUAUCUGUUAAUACUUACAUUACUCCGGCGUCGCUUUGCUUUCUGAGAUUGUCUGAUUUGGGUUCGCUAUCGAGCACUCAAAACCAGUGGGAGUGGAAACAUCACUUAUCUCUCGUCGUUCCUAUUGGAUGGAAUUGCCUUGACCGCCUGACUGGAUGUAAACGUACUAUCGGCGGCUUAUUUAAAGCCCGCUUCUUCUUGAAAACCAUUUUUUGUUUCUUUUUUUGAUUAUCACUCUAACUUUUCGUUGCUAUACAGCAGCCCGCCUUAAGUUUCACGGCCGCAGUUCAUUUAUUUUCUGCGCUUCCUCGGAUUUAACCUUCCAUCCUACGCGCGUGAUGCCCCACCCGUAAAGCCCCCAUUACCACUUGUCCUGCAAAAUACGGGUAGCGAUCUAUCUUGGGAUCUUACAAACCACCGAUGCCCACCUGUGUGUUCUAGGCCAUAUUCCAUUUCAGUUACUUUUGCUGCCUCCGAUAGGUCUCACUGGACCGUCUGCCCAUCCGUUGGUCCGCUCCAGAACUACUGGCCAACCCUCCCGUAUGGCACCCGAAAAGUGAUGUCUGGUCCUUUGGAGUGCUUCUGUGGGAAAUCUUUUCGUUGGGCUCGACACCCUAUCCCACCUGUGCGACGGAGGAGGCAGUGGCCGACCGUGUUCUUUCCGGAUGGCGUCUUACAGCGCCCACCUUUGUUCCUCGCCAACUGGAGAGCCUGUUCAGUCACCUCCUGUCGUCCUGCUGGGGUGCGGUGGGCCAACCGGACAGUCGACCUCCCUUCUCUGAGCUACUGCUGUUUCUGCGUCAGCUGUUGGUCCUGCUAAAAUGGCCACCGGCGCGUGCCUCGAAUGUAACUGUAAGUUUACAUCCACACAGUGCUGCAUCCUAUGUGCCGCGCACGCGUCGUCAAAUGUGCGUGGAUGUUUUUCCAGUUUUCCCGAGGGGGGAACCGGGGGAUUGGGUGACCAAUGAACGAUGUUAUUUCUCCAAAAGAAAUGAUUACUGGGAAUCGAAGAAGUUUGUAUGCAAAGCAUAAAGCAGUAAAUAGGUUAUCCUGGGGAUGAAACGAGGCGAGUGUUUUUUUUAAAAAGUACAGACGACUAGAUCGGUCUACAAUGGCCAAAGUCGUUUUGGACCGAGUAGCGGCUGGUCCAGGCUUAGAAUAGAAGACGAUGACUAGGGAUUCCCUCAACGCCUGUAUCCUUACCUUUUGGUUAGAGCUUUUGGAGUGUUAUCUGGCGUCCUUCGAACAAUAACCUAUUCCCCUCUCAGGCGGUCUUAUCACCGCAUCCAGCAUGUCACCAGACUUCUUGGUGCACAUGUUGUCUUUGCCAGCUGAUGAAGAAUGCUUGCUUUCAGACUGUUGGUGAUUACGUCUGACCCCGUAGGACAAUCAUGUCUACUUAUUUAAUUAUUUGCCGCAAUGAGUAGAAAGGUAUUAGCCUAGACACGCGUGUUCCGUCGAUUUUGUGCCGUUGCCUGAACAGGUCUGUUUCAAAGCAGUUACUCAAAGUUCGCCCAUUAAUCUCCUCGGACAUUAAACAAGGCAUGUCUCCUUAGUGCGUUUCUGCGCUAGCGAGUGACGUCAGUAGGCGAGUACAGAGAGGGCGAGCUCAACUUCGGCCAAUCAGCUAACACCAUCUCGCUGAUAUGCUAACUUAGCCGCCAUACGUUCCCACGCUAUCUGCGGGUCUAUGUAGGCCCACCAGCCAACUUCCAAAGAAGGCUCCCUGUAUGUCUGGAAUGCAGGUUACCCCCAGCGUUGUUUUCCUGAUCUCUGACUAAAGAGAGAUAGGUGCAGAAGCGGUCUUAGUGAUUACGACACACAAUCUGCUUAUAUUUGUCAAUCUAUUACCCGAAUAGCCCUACUGAUAGUGCAAAUAAUCGGAGUCUAAUCAGUCCUGCCGGCAUUCUCUCUUCUGUCAUCUGUCAUCCUUUCUGGCAUAGGGCCGUCGAGAUAUUUUACUCAUCUUCUAACACGAGAAACGAUCUCCCCCCGCCUCUCCUCCUCCCUUACACCGAACAUACUUCUGUCACCGUUUCCAGAACGCUCUAUACAUGACGUUUUUUUCCUAAUAUUCCCGUAGGCAAACUGGAACGGUCUUUGUUUCGGGACUUGCAUGAGUUGUCUGCCGUGA